AUGGGUGGUGUAGCAGAUGAUGGCUCAACAUAUAAUAAGAAGACAGCAAUGGCAUAUAUAUUCAACUUGGUGGUUGGUAUAGGAGCAUUGGCAUUGCCUGCUGGUUUUCAACAGGCUGGUAUAGUGCUGGGAACAUUGUUCUUGGCAUUCUCUGGUACACUGGCCUAUAUAACGACGACAUUCAUCAUUGAAGCACAAUCAGCUGCCAACUAUCUGUUGGCAACAGAGGAUGCAGGACCCAAUGAACAAUCUGUACUGAUCAAUGGUGAAGAUGAGGCUCAAUCAUCAAGCAGUGACAAUGAAGAUAGUCCCGUAUCACCAUUCCACACACCUGGUAUUAACAGUCAGUUCGAAAUCGUCAAGAGAACAGAGGUUGGUGCCAUGACCAAGCAGUUCAUGGGUAACAUCGGUUGCAAGAUAUUCUACGUUGUCUUAGUGAUAUAUCUUUAUGGAGACUUGGCAAUCUAUGCUGCAACAGUACCAACAUCAUUGGCAAAGGUCACAGGAGGAUUCACAAUUGGUAGUUUGGUGCUCUCUGAACAUAACGUCUAUUACUUCUAUCUGACGAUCUUUGGAUGCUUCGUUGGUAUCCUAUCAAACUUCAACUUCCAAAAGACCAAGUAUCUCCAACUUGCCACCCUUGCAACCAGGAACCUUGCCUUCUUCUUGAUGAUCAUAUUAUCGAUUAUAUUCAUUGCCAGUGGACAAGGAGCCAAGGCUGGUACAUUGCCAAUGUUUGAGAUAUCAAAGCUGCCACAGAUGUUUGGAGUGUCAAUCUAUGCAUUCAUGUGUCAUCACUCAUUGCCAUCGAUCAUCACACCAAUCAAGAAGAAGAACCGUACUAGUUUAAUGAUGCUUGCUGACUUCUCCUCUAUCUUUGUCGCCUACGUCCUACUCUGCAUCACUGCCGUCUUUGCAUUUGGCGAUGUCACCAAUCCAACAUGUACACCUGCCACCACCGACACCUUCAUCCCUUGCACAAUCCAAUCACUCUACAUCUAUAACUUUACAUCAUACAACAUCAAGUUCUUUGCCAUCUUCCUUGGCUUGUUCCCAGUCUUCACUCUAUCCACAAACUAUGUUCUGAUCUCAAUCACCUUGCGUAACAACCUUAUGAACCUAGUAACCUGGAGAGCCGAGGUAUUCAAUCCAAAGUUGAGGAGCAUAUUCUUCUCACUGCUGUCAUCAUUGGUUCCAAUAUUGAUUGCAUUCUGUACGAGGAAUGUUGGUAUGUUGGUGAACAUCACUGGAUCUUAUGCAGGUCUGGGUAUUAUGUUCUUGAUGCCAGUUGGUCUAUCCUACUUCUCCAACAGGAGAUUGACUGAACUUGGUGUGACCAAUCCAUACAAGUCUGCAUUCUCCCAUAAUGCUGUCUAUAUAUUCAUCCUAGUAGUAAGUGUAAUCUCACUUGGUUUGACCACCUAUAACAAUGUCAUCAAGUUAAAG